AUGGCUGAAUUCAUCGCUCUGCCCAGCUUCGUGGUUGCCGUCGUUGCACUUGCCGCGGAAGGCCUCAAGAUUGCGGAGGGACUGGCUGCCUUCGCGGAUCGAGUUGCAACGGCCAAAGACGAGCUCGUAGCGUUGGCAGGAGACGUAAAGUUCAUUUGCCGCACUCUCGACGACCUGGCACACAGCCUGAAAGUCCACCAACACCCACGAUAUAUCAAGAUUGACUGGUUUCAGGAUACGCUGCAGCAUGCUGACGAAUGCAGAACCGUCUUCAAGCAGGUUGAUCAUCUACUCACCAGCUUCACCACCAAGCCGUCACCCUCUGGUCAGGAUGCGCUUGGCAAGAGAUCUCAGAUCAGAUUUGCAUUCAGUGAGAGCCAAGUGGCUCGACUCCAAAGGUCUCUGAAUGGCCUCCAGGUCAAGUUCACGUUGCGUCUUGCUGUGUUCCGCUUCACUGUCGACGCAGCAGAUCGACAGGCACAGGCCAAGCGAGAUCACCGGGACCGACAUCUCGCCCAGCUGCGCCGUGAUCAAGCUAUGCUUGAACUCAGAAUCGCCCACAUCAACCUAAAGGAUAUAUAUAGCGAGGGUUCUCACAUGGAUCCGGAUGAUGACUCCCUUAUUGUCGCGGACCUGGUAGACCCUGCGCCGCGACUCUCAGUGGUGGCCUCUAAUUCACAACCACCCGACAAAGCCGCGGCAACAGCUACACCCACAUCUUCUGUGAUACCGCCUGGGUCACGCCAGGAGCAGAUCGCACCUGUCGAAAGUCAACAUCAUAUACGCAUGUCAGACCUAUACGACCCCAAUGCUGACUCGGGAAUCGGUCGGAGCAUUUUGACCAAUUUGGAAACUUCGACAGAGGCCAGUAUGCUUGAUACCCACGAGGAUGCGCCUCGAAUCAUGCAUCCAACAUCUUCAGAUGGAAAAAUCCCGGUCUCGAAUAAGAAGAAUGGCGAUGCAUACCCGCCCAGUGACACGCUUCACGAUGUGUCCGCGAAGCCAAACGAGGAAAGCUCUCAUACUGCACACAUACCACGUUUGGAGCGUGCCAGGGUGGCGCAUAGCGAGAGCGUUUUCCUUAAAGACAAAGCUUCCAGACAAGAUCCAUUGGCAGUCGCUAAUUCUGGGAACAGCGAUAGAAGGCAAUCGAAUGCUAGCAAUGGCCUCCGUUCGCCCUCACCAUCGUCCCAGUCAGGUCCAAAGCCUGGCCUGAUGCGCAGACUUCUACCCGAUGCACGACCGCUCGAAAUGCAGACCAAGCUCUUUGAGAGAGGAUCUCGCUAUGAGACCUGGAUUAUCCGGCGGAACGAAAGCUAUUCCAAACUGCGAUUACUCAACAAAGCAUGGACCAAAGCUCGGAUUGAGAAACUACCUCUCUCCCUAGAUUCAGAUCCAACUCUCGGUAUCGAAAGCGAUGAGAGCAGCACAGAGCAGAGCUUGACCCGAAUGCCUUUUGCAGCAAGGGAACAAGUGUCUAGUCUCCUGAAGCAAACCACGAAUUCUACACUUUACAAGAUCUUUCUUCAGCCUUCCAGCUCGCCUAAAUCAAGCAUCAGAAGCAUUUAUAUCGUUGUCAAGCAAUCUGACGGCAAUCGCACCGACCGAGAAUUGGAGAACACAAGCAAUUCUGACCAGUCUGUGGGCCUUAGACCAUCGGAGAACGAAGCUGAUAACACGACGCUGGGGCCAGAUGCCCUCGGCGCUGCCAUCAUCCCCAGCAGCAGGUUGGUCCCCUACGGCUACGAUUACGAUAGCCAUGGCGGUGGUCGGGAGAAAAAGAAGCAUGGGGUGGCGGUGUCCAUGAGCCCCCGUGGUGGACAAGAGCUAGCGCAAACCCCCGUGCCGAAGCCACAGGCUGGCCGGGAGCGGAGCUACAGUAACGCUAUGCCUCCCCAACGUAACGACGACACCCAGGAUAGUAUUUCGGAGCGGUGUAGGAGCAGGAGAAGUAGGAGCAGCAGUGGGACCAGGAGCAGGGACAGACACAGGGGCAUGGGCAGGAACGGUCCUGGUAGUGACAACGAGGAACACGCCGAAGGACGGGGACAAGCACUAGUUGUUCACCGCCAUGGCAACAACAACGACGACAGCAACAGCGUCAGUGGAAGUGGAAGUGGAAGCGGAAGCGAAAGUAGAAGCCGCAUGGGCAGCAGUGAGGCAAGCCGCGACCACUCCCAGGUACGAGAGCAGGCGCGAGACCCACCGCUCGAGCCAGCAGGCGAUGGCGGUCCUCAGCGUGAGCAGCGUGAAGGGAGUGUGAGGACGACAAGACAGCCAGACACAGCCACAGCGCUUGGGACUAUGAGCUGUACAUACAGAUAG